UCUGCGCACAGUCUGUGACGUCAGUGGAAGGGCUACGUAUGGCACCUGUCCAGUUAAUCGAUGUCAAAUAACGGUUUAUGGAUCCUCUCUGAAACACUGCCUUUCUUUUACAACUUGUGCAACUCACAGUUAAGAUUUUAAAGAUAUCCUACAGAUCUUUUUGGACACAAAUUAGGCAUAAGUGAAAAGAAAAACAUGUUAAUGAAAUGUUGGAUUUUUAAAGAGUUUUAGUUUGCAAUCACUCUUCUGAUCAUAUACUAAUUAAUCCCUCUGGAUAGUCUUAUUAGCGCGUGAAAGCUGCGAGGGGCGGAGUCGGGAGCGCACACUGAGCGCACAACACGCACAGCCCUCCGGAGCUCUGUUGAUAUAGGCAGCCCCGUCCUUUCAGCGGAGGUUAUGGCUGAGGACUUUGUAAAGAGAAGAGAAGAGGACAACUCGGAUUAUUUGAUAGGAACUAUGCGUUAAGCUGCGUUUAUGAAUUGUUUUUACGCAGCGGAGGUGAUGAGCUCUCAAACAAGAAGGCGUUGAACCUGCUACAAUGUCACACGCACAGGUUGAGAUACCAGGACGCGGUUUUCCAGGCCUCUCUGUGGAUAUGACCGACGACUGCUUAUCCCGGGUCCCAUCCGUGCUAAGGACGCACGGUUUGGGCGCACGGAGAAACUCUUACGGGCUGCAAAAGAUUAGUAUGGACAUUGAUUCGCCUCUAUACAGCGGCGUCCUUUCCAAAGCCUUGUCCUGGUCAGCUGAGAAUAUUCUAACAUUGUCCGAGUCCAGAGCAGAGGAUGAAAAAACUGACGACUAUCCGCCGUCCCCGUCCCCCGUUUCCAGCCCUGGCACCAGCUCCAACACGCCCCCCGGCAGCCAGGAGCCCGACGCAGGGUCUCACAGUGGGAACUGGGAUCAUGUCCCGAGAUCCAGCGCUCAGGACGCCAGCUCAGAGUCUGAAAAUGAACUUCAGAAUAAACAGCACAAGAUCUUGUCUCGCAUCACGUUUAACACUCAGUGGGAGCAGGAAGAGAAAGAUGACCUGGAGACCGAGGCGGUCGCAACCUCGCCUGAUGGAAGAUAUCUCAAAUUCAACAUAGAGAUUGGAAGGGGAUCUUUCAAGACGGUCUAUAAAGGCCUGGACACAGAGACAACAGUGGAGGUGGCAUGGUGUGAGCUACAGACCCGUAAGCUGACCAAGGCAGAGCGACAGCGUUUCAGUGAGGAGGUGGAGAUGCUAAAGGGCCUGCAGCACCCGAACAUCGUCCGCUUCCACGAUUCCUGGAAGUCGACGGUAAAGGGCCACAAGUGCAUCCUCCUGGUGACUGAACUCAUGACCUCAGGCACGCUCAAAACGUACUUGAAGAGGUUCAAGGAGAUGAAGCUGAAGCUGCUGCAGCGCUGGAGUCGUCAGAUCCUCAAAGGGCUUCACUUCCUGCACACGCGCACUCCUCCCAUCAUCCACCGGGACCUCAAGUGUGACAACAUCUUCAUCACCGGCCCCACCGGAUCCGUCAAGAUAGGAGAUCUGGGACUGGCCACUCUCAAAAGUGCCUCUUUUGCUAAAAGUGUCAUUGGAACACCAGAGUUCAUGGCCCCAGAGAUGUACGAGGAGAAGUACGAUGAAGCGGUAGACGUCUACGCCUUUGGAAUGUGCAUCCUGGAGAUGGCCACCUCUGAGUACCCGUACUCCGAGUGCCAAAACGCCGCCCAGAUCUACCGCAAAGUCACCAGUGGAAUUAAACCUGACAGCUUCUACAAAGUCAAAGUCCCAGAGCUCAAGGAGAUCAUUGAGGGCUGCAUUCGUAUGAACAAAGACGAAAGGUACACCAUUCAGGACCUCCUGGAUCACCCCUUCUUCCAGGAGAACAAUGGUGUGCACGUGGAGCUGGCAGAGGAGGACGACAUGGUGAAGUCGGGUUUGAAGCUGUGGCUGCGCAUGGAUGACACAAAGAAGCUCCACGGGAAGUACAAGGACAACAACGCCAUUGAGUUCCUCUUUGAGCUCUACAAAGACGUGCCUGAGGAGGUGUCUCAGGAGAUGGUCGUGCUUGGCUUCGUAUGUGAGGCAGACUUCAAGCUCGUGGCCAAGGCCAUACGGGACAGGGUGACGGCCAUCAAGCGGCAGAGAGAGAAGCUGAGGCGGCAGGCAGAGGAGCGGAAGAAGAAGCAGGAGCAAGAAGCCAUAGAAGAAGAGCCAGAGCAUCAGCCUCCUUUACCUAAAAUCAGUGACCGUGUUGCAGCAGAGUCCCCCACCCCGGCCCUGACACCUCCGACCCCCAUCCUUUCCCCCGUCACCAGCUCUGUGGACUCUGGCGUCAGCUCCAACUACCCUGCAGAGCCAGAGGAGCCUGAGGCAGACCAGCACUUCCACAUCCGCCACAACAGCCUUUCCUCUGCUAACUCUGACUGCGAGACGGACGGCUAUCUGAGCUCCUCUGGGCUUCAGGAUCCACUGGAAGCCGGCAGCUUCAGCGUGCCUGCGACCCCUCCCACCAAGCACACCAACACCCCGACUGCAAACGGUUUCCCCAUCCCAGCCCUCCGCUUCCCCUCGAGUAUUGCUGUAUCCAACAACAUAGAACAUGGCAACUCUGGGCCCCCGAGUGGCUUCAACUCCCCUGUGGACAGCUAUGCCUCCGAUGUGACUUCAGGCUUGAGUGACGGCUAUGAGGGCCUAUCAGAGAAGAGCGAGAAAACGGCUGCGAGGCGAAAUGCUGGGAAGCUGUUCAGGAAGAGGGCACGCUCAAGGCUACGUAUCACAGGGCUCUCUGAUAAAGUGGACCGGGUGGUGGAGUGUCAGCUGCAGACACACAAUGACAAGAUGGUGACCUUCAAGUUUGACCUGGAUGGAGAUAACCCUGAAGACAUCGCUGCUGUCAUGGUGCACAAUGAGUUCAUCCUGCCAUCAGAGAAGGAGGGCUUUAUCCACCGCAUGGGUGACAUCAUCAAACGGGCCGAGUCUCUGAUGGCCAAAGAGCAGCCGGUCAACUCCAGUGGGCACCGACUUCCCCAGCCUGCUUUCCACAGCGGGGUUAACUCGUUGUCUUCCUCACAGCCUAAUCUGCACAGUCACACCCUGCCUCGAACCAGCUCCUCCUCUUCUCUGCCUGACUUCAGUAUGGCUAACCUGAGCGUUGGGGUACAUGGCUUUCCCCAGUGCCCCAACGGAGACGUCUUCAGUGCAGACAUUACUUCACCUGGGCGACCUCUAAUACGCUCACAGUCUUUCCACAACGCCCCAGGAUCUCCUCUCCAUUAUCAGCACCACCACCCUGCGUCUCUCCUGCCCCACCAUCAGCACUACCACAUGCCCUUCAUGAGCCACAGUCACUUCCCAUUCCCAUACCCAGGCUCUCCGGGUUCCCCCAAGCCAGCCAUCCAUUCUCCCCUCACACGUGUAGCCAGUAAUCCCACCUUCCCUUCUGUUCCCUCCCCAGCCCCCGGUUCCCCAAGUCCUCUGAAUGACACCCAAAGCUCUGGCACUAAUGACAGUGUCACCAUGUCCCCACCUGCUCCUCAGCAUCCCAACAUGUGGCCCCCCCACACACAGCCCCUAUUUUCCUUAGCUAAUGUCAUCUCCAUGGCCAUGAGCAUGGCCCAGUCUUUCAUCCCUCCUGCAAACCUGCCCACCCAGGGGAUGCCCUCCUUUCCAGGCUUCCACCCCCAGCUUCCCACUCACAUGGCCCCACAGUCAGGUUACCCGUCCGUCUACCCGCAACAUUACCAGACUUCAGUGGAGGUCCCUUACCCCACAGCGGGCAUCCCAGCGCAGAACAACAUCUACCACAGCCCUGAGAAUACACCUCAAAUGAAUGGUUUUCCCCAGAGCAGUCAUCCAAGCUGGCUGCAUCCUGUCUCUCCACCUUCCAUGCCUUCCACUCCUCCACUGGUUCCUCAGCAGCAGGUUGGACUCUCUAGUCCCCCCAGCCUGACCCAGGCGGACAGUCUCUACAGUUAUGUGCCCCCAUACUCAGCACAGGUUUCAGCCCAGGUUGAACCUAAAUCAGAAGUCUCCAGUUCAAACUCCUCGUCAGAUCUUUCCCCAUCACCCCCAGAGAGCCCAGAAAGCACUUUAUCAUCCUUCAGCACUCAAUUGCACCCCGCUGUACCUGAGAUGAAUGCCGCCAGUAACCCAAAACCAAAAGCCUCUUCUACUGAAUCUGUCCAGUCUGCACCAGUCACUGUUGGGCGAUUCCAGGUGACGCCCAGCAUGGACAUCCCAACGCCUACUGCGCUAGUUGGUGCUGUACCUGCUGCACCACAGCCAGCAGACAGCGGCAGCAGCCCGUCAGAGAGCAGCACAGAGGAACAGGGGGAGUCUGAGACAAGCCUGGGCACCUCCCUCACCAUGUCCCCUCCUCACCCACAUCCCCACAGAGGGUCAACAGGGGUCCUCCAGGAGGUUGACGGGCAGGUGGGGUGGGCCGGGAAACAGGAGCAGCAGCAGGACAAAGAAGAAGAGGAUGAGGAAGAUGAGGAGGGGGGGGAGGAGGAGGAGGAGGGGGAGGAAGAGGUUGUUGGGGAACGCCAGAGGACGAGGAAGAGGAGUCGGAGGAGAGCAUACAGCCUGAGCCUGAUGGGAACGUCUGCGGACAGCGGACUCUCAGUGACGGCUGCUGAGAUAGAUGGGCGGCUGUGGGACGGAGCGUCAGGCAGCCCGCAGUACAGCAAUGCCCUUCACCAUUUAUGGAUGAUGACGUACAACCGCAACACUCCCUACCUAAGCAGCGAUGACUCAGACAGUGACGACGAAGACAUGCUGGAAGAGCUUCAGGAGCUCAGAGAGAAACAUCUGACAGAGGUGCAGGCCCUGCAGGCUGCUCAGAAGAGAGAGAUUGAGGAGCUGUACGAGAGGAUGGGGAAGGUUCCUCCUCCGGGCAUCGUCUCUCCUGCUGCUAUGCUGUCCAGUCGACAGCGCCGCCUGUCCAAGGGGAGCGGCUUCUCCUCGUCCCGCAGGAACAGCCUGCAGCGGUUGGACAUGUUGCCACUCCAGGGUAUCAUUAGGAGAAACUCCCUUGGAGGCAGCAGCAGUGGUUCCCAGGAUAAACAUAGCAAAGGCGUCACCUUUGCCACUGACAUUAGUAGAAUGUAAGAUACUCUCAGCCAAGCACGCUGGACUACCUCAUCUGAAGUGUGACUGCAGUGGUCAAACCCAUCCUCUAAAGGAUCGCUUUAACACUUUUCACUGGCACACCAAUCAGCAAACUGCUUUCCUCUGCCAGUGGUCACAAGGUCCUGCCAGUGGUCAUUUACCUCAACGUGUAUAUAUAAACUGUAAUCAAUAAAACUGGAUGUACACAGGAACUGUAACAUCCAGUUUUCAGCCCUUUGUCAGAUCUGGUGAAUUUGUUGCAGCUGAAGCACAGAAUACCUACCAGUCUGGUUCAUGUUAAAAAUGACAAGUUCACUUUUGCUCUCUUAUAAAUAAACAGACUCAAUGGUUCAGAAUGAAACACACAGUACUCUGCAAAAUGUCACAUUACAGGUUGUUUUAAAUGUUUUCUCUGAGCUAGCUUUUAGCAUUAACACAGUCAAGUGAUGGUAUAAAGUGCUGCAGAGUCGUGGCCUUUUGAGCUACGGUGGCACUUACUAUGACUUUGACCCAGAAUGACAGUUACUGUUUGUCUGAUUCACUGCCGUUAAUCAACCUGAGCACAGUAAUGUGAACCACAGCGAGGCUCUGACACUUUCACUGACAGUUGUCAUAAACAAAUGACAACAUUUUGGCUAAUCUCGCAACUUAUUUGCUGUAGUUUCUUAAUGAUGUCUCAGCACCUGCUGACUGCACAGUGAAUACACUCUGAUUAUUGCCUUCCAGGGGCUGACGAGAGCAGUCUAGAUGCUUUGUAUAGUUCGAUUUAUUCAAGUAUGUAUUAUGAAAACAUUUUGUUCUAGUACAUCUUUGGUUUAGUGAUUUUGACACCUGAUAGGAUGACCUACAUUCUUUAGACUCAGCCUGGAGAAGUUUGGCUGCAGUCCUGACAUUUUUAGAUGUAGUCAAAAUGAUUUUUCACAUUGUACAGCAGUACAAUGUGGAAAUAUCAUUUCUAUCAACACAUAUAUAUGAAGUGAUGUUAAUGCUUCAGAAAGAAAACAGUUGUACAACAGUUCUAAAUGUGGGCAUGUAGCUUGCUUCAGCAGAAAGAAACCCUGUUUUUCAAACUAUUAAAUGGGAAGAGAUUUGGUUAAUUGGUGCAGAAGAAGCAUCGACAACACACCCAUCAAUUUUCAAAUAUUAUAGCUAGUUAAACAUUUUCUUUUAAAUGAUUGAUUAGUUGUGAAAAAUCCACCUAGGUUUUAGACUACUGGCUUUCUUGUUGAUUGUACAUGUGUAUAUAGUAGAGUAGUAGCUAUAGAUCAUGUUUACAAGUUAUGAGUAAACUAAACCUUAAUUCUUGCUCAAGCAAAAAUCAUAUUUGUUGCUUGUUCCAUAGAUCGAGCACCUUGUGCAAUUUGGUAAAUUCUACGUUAGUUCUCAAUCAUUUAACACCUUUGUGGAUAAAACUGUGUUCACUUGAGGAAGAGCUGAUAUGUUUCCUGUUAUUUUUCCACAACGGAGGUAGAGCAUAUUCUCCAGUUCAUGUUUGAUCACAGUAUUUCGUAUUGGAUCACAGUGAUGAUGAUGAUGAUCUACCCUCCCACAGUUUUAAAUAAUUUGUACAUUGUGGGAUAGAGAGAAAUCAGUCCAAGCUGUGAAUGUGUAGCUGUUGCCUUAUAAAAUAUUCACACCACACACUGAAUUUUCCUCGCAGUGGAACUCCUGUAAGAUUUUCCAAAGUUCAUAAUAUAUUCAAGUUUUGUUUCAAAAUUUUGAAUGUAAAUAUAAAACUGUAUUGCUUUCUGAAGCUGCUGCUGUCCUGCCAAGCUGAAUCUGUGCCUUUCCCUUACAAUGUCUUAUUUUAUAUUUUUACUCAAGAUUUGGUGGCUAGAUCAGACUCCAUUUAUCAAAUUUUGACAAAAAUAAAUGCAGUUGUAAAUA